AUGAAACUUUGUCAGACUGUGCUCCUACAAGCACAAGAUCCCGCAGCGCCAAGCAAAAACAUCUGCAAACUCUUCCUCAGCCCCUUUUCUGGAACCGCCAAGUCAAUACCUGUUGAUAAUGUAAGCGAAGAAACUACCGCCACGCAGCGCGAUGAUGCCAGUGAUGCCUCAACACCUGAUAUUUCUGUGGAUUCGCCUCUGGAUGACCACACUACUGCUACUGCGGUGCGCGAUCUUCUCACCGCUGUUGCACCGACACUACGGUCUCUCGUCAUAGACAUGCCGCUCCGAAGUCUAUAUCCUGAGGAUGAUCACAACGGUGUGCGUCCGAUUCUUCGCGCUGGAUUCUCUGCUCUUACCAGUCUUGAAAACUUUGUUAGCGUCCGCGAUGAGCUGUUCCUCAGCACAACCGAAGCUCGAGACGAGCCGGAAGUUUGGGCUACGCUCUGGCCAAAGCUGCAGCGUCUCGCGCUGUACAAUCUUGACCUUGGCGCGGAGGGCAUUUGGAAUCAACUAUCAAACUUGCCCUAUUUGCAGGCAGCAGUUUUCGGACGGGCGGAUGGAUAUGGUGAGGAUAUUGACCACGAGGUAGACCAUGCAUGGCAUGCCUUGUUGGGCCUCGACGUUAAGAAAGAGUGGUUGCAAGCGAUAGAGUUGUCAAAUAAAGAUGGAAAUGUGGAGCGUGUAGGAACCAUUACACUAAUAUUUGCUGAUGUUGCGGACCUUCAACCACGGUUUGGCAAAUAUGCGGAGAGUUGGCAAACUUUGGACCCCGACGGCAACAUACAGGUUCUACUGGCAGAUGUGCCUGAGCCAGGUAGAGUGCAUGCUGCUGAUGCCGUAGGGGGGCAGGAAGCUUGCCCUAUAGAGUUAACACAGCAAUUUUUACUUAGACAUGGCUUGGACGGUACGCUAUGGGAUAAGACAGCCUGUUGGAUACGGAAAGAAGAGUAA